ACCAGGUAAGGUGUGUUCGAGAGGUAACAGCACAUGGUCAAGAGAUUUUCAUUAGUCGACCAGCAGCUGCGUAAAGAAUACCUUCUUUCGCUCACACUACAGUUACGUGAGACCGGUAAUAAUAAUUAUUAAAUGCGGCCUAGUUUGGUGUAGUGACCAUGUUUUGUGGCGGUAGUUUUCGCACAAAAACGGUGGAAAAAAACGAUGAGUAUAAAAUCGUCACGAUGAACAAUACUCAAAUCAAAAUUUUUCGCUCGUUGAGCUUGUCGAAGGCGGACAAACCGCGGAGGAUCUUCGUCUUGCCGCCGAAGGUGCCCAUGGGUCUGGACCCCAGCAAUUCGACACAAUUGCGUCCGUUGACCUCAGAGAUCACUGCUCCGAGGAUCGACAGUUACCGAUUUUCGAUGGCCAAUCUCCAGGACUCGCAGGAUGUAGACCUGGACGCCAUCCUCGGCGAGUUGUGCGCCCUUGAAACGCAGUGCGAGAGGGAGAUCGGACAUGCACGGGAUAGCAAGCGACUCUCAGACCAAAAAAUGUCACAGCACAUGUCUAGGACGCACAGCAGGUCGUCUUCAGAGGGGCCCAGACUGAAAUUGGACGCCGGGGAGAGCGAUUUAAUGUCAAAGACUGAUUCAGUUCGAACGGAAUCGCCAGAUAAUGAUUCCGCUUUUAGUGAUACUGUUUCGAUGUUGUCGAGUGAAUCGUCGGCGAGUAGUGGGGGGUCCGGGUCGAAGCCUCAAACUCUACACCUUCAGAAUCUUCAGGAUGAAGCUUCAAGGGUCAAGGCAGAGAAGAUCCGAAUGGCGAUGGAGAAAAUCAAGGAAGCCAACAUCCAGAAACUGUUUGUUAAAGUUUUUACGGCUGAUGGUUCAGCCAAAUCUUUAUUAGUAGAUGAGAAAAUGUUAUGUUCGUAUGUUACAAGGUUGUUGAUGGAUAAGAAUCAUGUGGAAGCUGACCCCAAGUGGGCGAUAGUUGAACAUUUACCAGAGUUGUAUAUGGAAAGGAUAUAUGAAGAUCACGAACUCCUUGUCGAUAACUUGAUGGUAUGGACCCGCGAUUCCAAAAAUAAAAUUUUCUUCUCCGAACGUCCAGAAAAGAACAAACUGUUUCUAGAGCCUGAGAAAUUCCUCUUAUCAAUGACUGAUAAGAAAGAUUCUUUAGACUAUGACGAACAUUCGCGUAAUAUGCUUCUGGAGGAAUUCUUUUCUACCGGAUCGUCAAGUGUUCCCGAAGUUGAAGGUCCUCUGUAUCUCAAAGCCGACUCCAAGAAGGGUUGGAAGAAAUACCAUUUUGUACUUAGAGCUUCAGGGCUAUACUACUUCCCUAAGGAAAAAGUCAAGUCGGCCAAAGAUCUAGUCUGCUUGGCCACAUUUGACAAUAACCAAAUCUACUUUGGUUUAGGUUGGAAAAAGAAAUACAAGGCCCCGACUGAUUUCUGUUUCGCUAUUAAACAUCCCCGACUUCAGGAACCCAAAUCAACAAAAUACAUCAAGUAUCUUUGUGCUGAAGACCAACAAAGUCUCGAACGUUGGAUGGUUGGUAUGAGGAUAGCCAAAUACGGCAAACAGCUCAUGGAUAACUACCGCGCCCUAAUGGACGAACUCGCUCAAGAAGACCUCGACAUGUUAGCUCAUGCCCGGAGUUGUUCAGUGAGUUCCAUCGCGGUCCAAUCUAAUGUCACCACCCCCUCGCAGGGGUACCCCAGUAGUGAAGCUGGGUAUGGUACCCAAAGCGAGACCUACUCAGCUCCUAGUGAAGCGAGCUCUGGCCGCCACAGUCGGGCGAGUAGUUCAAGCUCGUCGGGGUGUAUGUCAGAUGGGGCCCCCUCGAGUUGCGAAAACGCUUUCGAUUCCGAGUUUCCCAUGGGUACCAUCAAACGCAAACCUAGUAUGAAGCCUAGUCUUCCCCUCACAAACAUAACGAGGCAGUUGAAAGAGGUGGGGGAAACCCGCGAUGAAAUUGAUGGUACUGCCCUUCCUUCGAGUCCUAUCAACUCUGGGACGCUCACACGGCGUCACAGUCGUCGGAAAUCUAGCAACUCCACCGACGAUUCCUCCAAUUCGGGGACAUUGAAAAGGCAGCAUUCGUACAAGGCGAGGGGUUCUAUUGAGUCUAUGGGGGCGAGGAGUGGAAAUUCGACUCCUUUGUGUGGGACUCCAGUGAGAGAAAGGGCGUCACCGUUUGGGGAAAAGGCCAGUCCUUUCGCCGAAAGGCCCCCAAGUGGUGGGUCAGUGAGAAGUCCCAUCAGUCCUACCAACAUGGAGAUGCCUUCAUGCAUGACCGAUUCCAUCACGUCUCUACCUCCACCACCGGAAACCAACGGUGACGUGAUCACUGAUUCACCCUCGUACCAACUCCCGCCGCCCCCACCAGAAGUGUACAACUCUAAUUUAUCGCUGGACAGCCUCCCGCCACCACCUAAUCCGAACGAACUGCCCCCAAUGACUGGCACCGAACUUACCGGAAGUCAAUUAUCGCUCAUGUCCCUACCGCCGCCCCCGGGCGAACUCGACACAAAUACGAUCCGAAAACGAAAAGACAGCGUUACCCCCACGAAUGUGUUAAGUCCCGACAGAACGCCCACGAUGUCGCCCGAUCAAACUCCAACACAAUCCCGGCUGAAUACGCCCUGUUUUAGCCCUCCGUUGUCGAAUGUGGGGUCGAAUUGCAGUACUCCAACCCAGCAAAACCCUCCUGUUAGUUUCAGUUUGAACCAAUACGUGCAAAUUGCGGCACAGAACCAUGACAGAAACGAGGGUACUACGAAUGGGUACCCCCAACCUCCGGCGUAUGUGAAUCCCCCGAACUACCGACAGUCCAACACUCUCCCGGGGAAUCCCCAAUUUAAUAAUAAUAACGGUUUGAGGUCGUCUCUGAGGCAAACCUCACUGCCUAGACAGAUUUCCUCCAAUAGUAUAGCGAGUAACAGUUCGGGCUCUUCCGGAAAUUCUUAUUCCUACAAUCAGAAUUCGCAAAACUCUCCCCAUUUACAACGUAAAGUCAACUUCCAAGACUGUUCGAGUCCGAAAAAGACCAUAAAGAAGAUCAGUUUUAAUUUGGUGCCCCAGGAAGUGCCCCCUUUGCCGAAAAAGCCGCCACCGCCUAAACGAUCCGACAGUACGAAAUUAUCAAGUCCGAAAAAACUAGUGGAACCCCCGAUGGAUUUCCUCAAGGACUUACAAAGGGUGAUGAGAAAAAAAUGGCAAGUGGCCCAAAAGUGUAAACUGGAGCCCACGACGACGCCACACGAGGUGUUGGGGUUCCGGGAUCCCCCGAUUUUGCUCCCAGAUUACAAGGAACACAACGUUUCGAAUUGGGUGCAGGAGCACUACGGACCUAAUAAUGUCUAUGAGAACGUUUACAGGGACAACCCUGAUACUGUGGUGGAAUACGCGACGAGUCCCGUUCAUGUCCGAAAUGAGUUCGGGAGCGGUCGGAAGCGGCCGCCACCCCCACCCCCUAAACGCAGCGAAACGACUCAUCUGAGUACGCCCAAAAUGCACUGAUGCUGCGUCUCGUAAUAUGGCUUGGAAAAAUAAACGCAUAUCAUAUAAUGGCUUUCGCAAUAUCCUAGUAGAAUUUUAUUUUUGGGGUCGGACGUAUGUGUGCUGCUUAUUUUUCAAGUGAUAUGUCGUUAUACUGCCAGCAAUCCCUGCCUAAUGGCUAUGUGAUUUAAAUUUAAAUGUGCCAUGUGAGUUAAGACACUUAAGUUUUUGUAAAUAUCUCGCUCUUAGUGAAUUUCAUUGAAAUGUCAAAACGUUUAUGGUGCUUAUAGUUAUAAAAUAGAAUAGCGAAAUUGUGUUUUAUAAAUUUUAUAACCAUUUUUUAUCAAAAUUAUUUAACAAUUUUUAUAUAACAAGUUACAGGGUUGAAGUCAGUUAUUUAUUUUCUUGUUUUAUUUUUGUUCAUCUCAUUUUUUCUUUUGUAUAUAGUUUUUUUAAUGUUCCCGCCGAGUUAGGCUCAAGUAAUUUAUAGUAAUAAGUGUACUUUGUAUGAUCCCCAAUUUUAUAAUCGUAUACAAGAUCUCCACAAUGCCAUUGUCUCAUACAUUUUUGUAUAUUUUAUACCAACUUAAAAAUAUUUCUAGUGUAUUUAGAAAUAUUGACUUUUAGGUACUUGUAGAUUAAUUGUUGUCAAUGCAACAAAAACGAAAUUUAUAUUUAUCAAAAAUUUAGGAAAUUUAUUGCGUUUUUUAUACGUUUCGUGUGCAAUUUUUAAAUUAUUGAAGUUUAUGAGAAAUUAUAUAAAUUUUUCUUAGCACAAGAAUUUAUAAGGCGUUGUAGGCUAAAUCAAAUUGAUAUAUUUUAAGUAUUCAAAUCGGUAUAAAUAUUUUUUCUGGAUACUAAUCCUUCAAACUGAGUACUUUGUAUACAGUCUACCAUUUCUAUAUACUAGUUGUUAUUAUUAUAGUAUUACAACAAUAAAUAUAUUUAAAGAAA